CGCGAGGUACAAAGAGCAUCACAUGAUGUCCUCAUCCCAUGUAAACAUCAUGUGUGUUCAUGUGUUUUUGUUAUAACCCUGGAUUUUGUGUAGCCUGUAUGUGACGGAUCAGUCUCAGGAUUAUUUAUUCUAGUUUUAUAGUGUGGAUUUAUCAUAGAAGAAUCUUAACGGAAUUACCCAUCUUUGGAGAACUUUUACGCACAGCGUUGCUCUGUCUACUCUGUAACAACUUUAGAUUAUGCAAGUUUUUUCAUGCGCUUGGAAACGGAUCAUCCUGCUUGCCUGGUUGCUCAAGUGAGCAUCAGUAUCACAUCUCUUUUCUGACUGCACCCGUAAUAGAAACACAGAUCGCUUUCGCAGAUUGACACUGCGCCACUGUAACGCGUCUUGGUCCAGUAUCUGAUAUUUCUCCAUCGGUUUUAAGCAUUUUCAAAAAUUUUGGACAUCACUGGACACGUCUGAAAUGCUUCCUCUAUCCCCACUAUUCCUCGUUGUCCCGGCUGUGCUCAUUGUGGCCGUGCAGGGUGUCGGGGACCUCCAGGGCUUCGCCUCCCCCGGAGGCAGCGCCGGGCUCGACCCGCCAGACCCGUGUAUGGUUAUAUCUCCACCAUGCAUGAGCGAAGCUGAUCGCUUCAGCCUGGAGGCGCUGCGGAGCAUCCAUCAGAUGAUGGAUGAUGACCAAGAUGGCGGCAUUGAGGUGGAGGAGAGCAUGGAGUUCAUCAUUGAAGACAUGAAGCAGCAGCAGACCCACAAACACAGCAAACUGCACAGAGAAGACCAGCACAUCACAGUGGAGGAGCUCUGGAGAGGCUGGAAGUCGUCUGAAGUACAUAAUUGGACCCAGGAUGAGGUGCUGCGCUGGCUGAAGGAGUUUGUUGAGUUGCCUCAGUAUGAGAGGAAUUUCAAAGACUUUAGGGUGAAUGGAAACACACUUCCCAGGAUUGCAGCAAAUGAGCCUUCAUUCCUGAGUGGCCAGCUGAAGGUUCAGGACCAGAGAGACAAACAGAAACUCAACAUCAAAGCUCUGGAUGUGGUUCUGUUUGGACCACCUACACGCCCCCCUCAUAACUACAUGAAGGACCUGCUGCUCAUUGUGUCAGUGGUGAUGGGAGUCGGUGGCUGCUGGUUUGCUCAGGCCCAGAACAAAGCCAGCAAAGUUCAUGUCGCCAAGAUGAUGAAAGAUUUAGAAAGUCUGCAGAGGGCUGAACAGAGCCUCAUAGACCUACAGGAACAGCUGGAGCAAGCCCAGGAAGAAAAGCGUAAUGUAGCAGAGGAAAAACACAACCUGGAAGAGAAGAUGAGAGAUGAGAUUAUGGGGGCGCAGGAGGAGGCUCAUCGGCUGCAUGAGCUGAGGCAGGGAGCAGUCAGUGAGCUCAGCCGUCUGCGAUACGCAGAGGAGGAGCUGGAACAGGUUCGUGGAGCACUGAAACAGGCAGAGAAGGACAUGAGGGCCAGUUGGACCGCCUCAGAGGCCCUUCAGCUGUGGCUCCAGCUGACACAUGAAGUUGAAGUUCAGUACUACAAUGUUAAAAAGCAUAGUGCAGAACUGCAGCUUGCAAUUGCCAAGGAAGAGGCAGAGAGGAUCAAGAAGAAGAGGAGUUCUGUGCUGGGAACACUUCAUAUGGCCCACAGCUCAUCUCUAGACCAAGUUGACCACAAGAUUCUGGAAGCCAAGAAUGCAUUGUCUGAAGUCACAGCCUGCCUCAGAGAGCGGCUUCAUCGCUGGCAGCAGAUUGAGCUCCUCUGUGGUUUCUCAGUCAUCAGGAAUCCCGGCCUAGCUCACCUCACUGCUCAGCUCUACAAAGAUUCAACAGCUCUGGGUCUGCCCCGAGUGCCGCAGUCAUCUUGUUCGUGUCACAGCUCUGCCCAUGGAUCCAUCGAAGACCUUAUAGAUGAACCUGCUGCUCCGAUCUUACCACAGAUGCCAGUUCCACCACUGAAGCGCUCUCCACGACUACGAGGAUCCACCAUAUGUAGGGCCCGUCGUCCUGGUGUCAUUGCUCAGCCAGCGACUGCCUUGAUUUCGCCGGACCCUGACCUACUGAUCCCCAUCCGAACCCCUUACUCUUGCUAUGAUGAGGGAGAGGAGCGCUUCCUGAAAACUCUUAAAAAACAAGAUUCCAUAGAGAAAUUCUUUGAUGCAGACUAUAUAGCAUCCCCUCCACUCAGCAAAAUCUUUCCUACUUCCACCAUUGAUGCAUCCUCUCGAAAGUUCUAUCAUGAUGAAGCCGAGCUGCUUGCAGACAGGUCAAAGCCUUUUGGUGAAGAAGUAGAAGCUCCGGUUCGCAAAGUUUCUGUGGAAGAGCAUGAAGCUUCUGUAGACAUGGAUGUUUCCAGUAGGAAGAUGGCAAAAGACAAAACCACGGAUCCCUCUUUGGAAACCUUACCAAUGAAGGUCUCUGCAGAUGAGUCUAUCUCAACUGCUGCAUCAAGGAAGAUCUCCCGAGACAGAAGUGAAGUUCCCAUGGAAGCUCCACUUAGAAAAAGGAUCUCAAAUGAGUUAGAAUUUGAGUUUUCAACCAGGAAAGUAGAAAAAGAUACAGCAGGAGACUUAAUGGACAUUUCCUCAAGGAACAUCUACAGAGAUAAAUGUGAUUUACCACUGGAUGUGAGAAAGAUUCUUUUAGAAGCAUCAACAGAUGCACCACGGAUGUUAUCAAGAGACAUGAUGGGAGCUUCAAUGGAGAGUGCUACAAAAAAAUUAGCUAGAGAUAAUGCUGAACGUUUGAGUGAAUGCAGAAGAAUUACAAGAGAGUCAAUGGGAAUGUCCCACGAUACAGGAUCUAGGAAUCUUGCAUGGAAUACAGGAGAACAUCACCUUGAUUCCUCCAAGAGGGUAUUAGCAAAGGACAAAAUAGCUGAGGUUCCUAGACCACUAAUAAGAAAGAUGUCUAGAGAAGAACAGGGCUACUGUACAGAUGCUGCCUCUAUGAAGAGGGUACACAGAGACACAUAUGAAGCAUUUAUAGAUAUCUCAUCUUCUACAGAUAAGCAAGAGUUUGGUUUGGAGCCAUUAAAAACUAGAGAAAUACUGCGAAAUGAACUUGAUGUGUCUGCUGCUUCUCUUAGGAGGAGAAUACCAAAAAUGCCAAGAGAGGACGACAUGGGUUCAACAGACACUUCCACUGGAAACAUGUCCUGGGAUAGAGCUGAUGUCCCAAUAGAAAUAACUAAACAAAUCAUUUUUAGGGAAGAGCUGGGAGCAUCGGAGGCACAUUCUUUGCCCGGCCGAAUUGGACAGCCAGACCUUAUGUUAACUUCCAAAGUGCCAUGGAAGUCCUCUACAGACCUUUAUGCCAUUGGCCCAUUGAGCCAGCUUGUGUAUGAUGGAAUACUUGAAAAGUCAUACAAAUCAAUGACUUCAACACCAACCACCCUCUCUGCCUCCACGCCUAACUUGCCUCGGAGCAAGGUUCUAGCCGAGGUGGAGUCCCCACUGCCACCACCAAAGGCUGUCUUCCCAUCUCUUGCAUCACCCCCUGAAAGUGCAGAUGACAAGAACAGAGAAAAGGAGAAAAGCAAGAAAACCUUAAAGCUUAAAAAUCUAUUUAAAAAGAAAAACGAGUCAACGCCAGAGAAGCUUCAAAGUGGUCUUCAGAAACUCUGACUAUCAGCUGAGAGUGUUAUUUAUGACUUUUAUUGAGUCAGGAAUCGAAGCUUCAGAACCUCUUUAGCUUUUUGUUCAAGUGAUGUCAUGAGAGGCAAGGUAGGUUUCUGUGUAUGCGUGGAUGUAGAGUUGUCAUUACUCUUGCUGCCUCUUGACCAAUAGAAAAUAAGCUUGGUCCUUGUUCACACAUCAUUUCUGCUUGGGAACCACAGAACCAGCUGCCAAAUAGCCAAACCAACAGAUUUAGACAGCAGCACCAGUUUCACUCUGUAGUACAGUAAGUUGUUAGUUUUCAGAGAUUUAGUUCACACUUAAAUUCAGCUGGUAUCUGGUUUUGAGAACACUUUGAGAGUUUUGAGUUUUUAGGUUUCAAACCUUAUAGUUCUUUCAUAAUUGAGAAUCUAUUGGUUUUGAUUCAGUGCUCCUGCUGAGAAAGUACUGUAUGUGUGAUAACAAUAAUGCUGCUUUGUAAUGCAGCAAGCAGUGACUAGCAUCAUGGCAUUAGCUAAUGAAAUAGCAGAAUGUUUUACGUAAGACAAUCUUAGUUAAAAGCAAAAGACAAAGAAAUAACACUCAAUUUGAAUACAUAUACUAAGGCAGUUGUAAGUUUUAUGGCUUUUAGAUAGCUCAUUUUAUAUUCAAAGUUGGUUUUACAAUGUUAAAAAGUCUUAUAGACACAUAGUUGACACCAUAUUGUUUAAAAAGUAAAGAUUGUAAAGCUUUACCUAUGGCUAAAAGAUUAAAGGAUGUUUUAAAAGAUGGUGGCUUUCUGUAUAACAGAGACAGUGCUUGAAUUCACUAUAAACCUCAACUUAAUAUAUUUAGCAGAGUGCACAUUGAUUGUGCUCAGAAGUUUAGGAAUUUUCUAUCGUCAGUCUGAUCCUGGUCUAGGUUUGAUGGAAUUUAGUAUGCAGUUGUACAGUGUCCCACUAGCAUCUUGUUGAUCUAAAAAUUCUCCUAACAUGUUAAAUAUUGACAUCAGUGCUUAUCUCACAAGGUUAAACUGAGAAAACAUCUAUUUCUAUUAUUAUGUAGCGUCAUUAGCACCAUUAGCCCAGCAGCGUUAAGCAGGUUUGGCAAAAGUUUUUUAUUUCUUUUUUUUUUUUUUUUUAAUGAUCGUUAUUGAUUCAUUUAUUUACAUUUGUGUUUUUUUUUUUUUUGGUUGGACUAUUUAUUGUACUGUAACUCAGGCUUAAUUUUAAAAUACAGAAAUGUCCUAGAAUGUGUUGGACACCACAGUAGGUGCACUAAGAAAACAGAUCCUGUUCCAAAAACAAUUAUUUUACUUUUUAAAAAAGACAACAUUUUAAUAAUUUAAAUAAAAUUUUGUUUUAUAGAAAAUUAUUUGUUUAUUUAAAGAAAGUGUUUCUUUUUUAGCAGGAAUCUUUUAAAAGUCUUACAUGAAAGUUUGUCUUUAGAAUAAUUUGUAAUUUAAACAAUGUUCGAUCAGUGUCAUCGCUUUCAAGGUUCAAUAAUAAAAGAUUAAAAAAGUAAAAACUGGGGAGGCUGGAAAAGCAUGAAAAGUUAUCACAUAAGUUAGAUUAUAUAGAACACAAUGUCUAUUAUUAUUAUUAUUAUUAUUAUUGUUAUUAUUUGAUUUGAUAUUGACUGGUCCUGUGAAUUUGCUCAUAAGAAACAAUGCUUUAUUAAAAUGAAGUUUGAUUGGGCAGAUAAGCAUAAACAGCUUGAAAAUGUAGACAUAAUUUCUUUUUUUCAUAUAAUUUAGAAAUGAAGCUUCAAUUAUUUUGUAUUUAUUUAGUGAUUUUAUUGUUCCUCUAGGUUCCUUUUUUUGUCAAGUGUAAAUGUUUAACUGUUAUUCAUGGUCUUAGAAAAAGAGCAACUGAUGAAUUUGCUAUAUAAAAAUGUAAUUUCAUAUGUUAUUUGUUGAUUUGCUUGCAGCUACUGACUCAGAAAACAUAAAAUGCUCUAUAAUUAAAAGGUAAACAGAGCCAGAUGUCAUGGUUUGUGGUAUUUUGAGUUAGUUUUUUUUAAACUCUUUAUUGAUUUAUUUGAUUUUCUUUGCAACUUCAUGUUUUAUUCUGUAGUUGUUUGCUCCUUUGUUUUUUUUUUGUCUUAUUUCCUGUUUAGAUCCUCAUCAUUUCCCUUUUGUUAUUCCUCAGCUUCCCUUGUAUUCUUUGCCUUAAUUCGCCCAUUUCUGAGUUUUGGGUUCUUGUCUUUUGUUACUUAUUUAUUCCGCCUAUGCAGCACAAUUAGUUGUUUUCUUUAAUAAACCAUC